UCAGCACGCAUAAUAACGAAGCGUUUCUCAAUUGUUGAAGUUGCGAAUCAAGCGCAGGCUUUAUUGAAUAAAUUCCUGAUGAAUACUAAUUCGAAUGAAUUAACCAAAUUAAGACUUCAAGAGAUAUGUGAUCAUUUUAUUGAAUAUCCAUCAACUCGCAUAAUUGCCAUGCAGAACAAACGAUUCAUGAAGAUAUUAUUGAAAUGUUUACAUAGAACGGAUGAUGAAGAAUUGAAAGGUGAUAUCCGAAAAUGUUUAUCGGUGAUUGGUUAUGUGAAUUAUCCGAAAGGAUGUGGAGUUAGAAUACUAUCAAUUGAUGGGGGUGGGACUCGUGGUAUGAUGGGUCUCGAGGUAUUACAAGCUCUCGAAGAUGCGUUAGGCGGACCCAAGGUGGCCGAAAUGUUCGAUCACAUUGUUGGUGUAAGCACAGGCGGCAUCAUAGCUAUCCUACUGGGUGCAAAAAAGUAUUCGAUCAAACAUUGUAAGGAGAUUUACAUGAGUAUCUCAAAGGAUUUAUUCACCCAAGGUCGUUUCUCAGGUGUUUCGGGACUGUUACUCUCACAUUCAUAUUAUAAUACGAAAAAAUGGAUUGACAUUCUGAUUAAGGCAAUCGGUGAUGACUGGACAAUUCUUGAUUCUUGUCGCUCAUUGAAUGCACCGAAGCUGAGUAUUAUAUCUUGCGUAGUGAAUGCGUCAAUGUUACAACCGUAUAUAUUCCGUAAUUAUGAAUAUCCUCCUGGACGUGAUGGCCAUUUUAGAGGUGAUUGCAGGGAUAUGAUAUGGCAAGCGCUACAAGCAUCUACUGCAGCACCCGGUUAUUUUGAAGAGGUGCUCUUGGGAUCAGUACUUCAUCAGGACGGUGGAGUAUUAGCGAACAAUCCAACAGCUAUAGCACUGCAUGAAGCACGGAUGCUGUGGCCGAAUGAACGUUUUCAGUGUGUUGUUUCUGUUGGAAAUGGUCAUCACGUUAACGAAUUAGAUACCACCCAUAUCAAGUCAUCAACUGGUGUUCAAGAGAAAAUAACGCGUAUAGUUGAUUCAGCCACCGACACUGAACUGGUGCAUUUAUGUAUGCAUGAUUUAUUGCCAGCGAAUACAUAUUUUAGACUCAAUCCAUAUAUGAGUUUUCCAUAUACUCUCGACGAAAUCGAUCCUGAUAAGUUAGCUCAAAUGCAAAAAGAUGCACGUUUGUAUAUUCGGCGGAAUCAUGCAAAAAUAGAAGAUACGGCAGAAGCAUUGCUGAUACGACCAUCGAAAAUGCAAUUAAUUUCACGACAAUUGCGCGACUUCUCAGAACGGCAUGGUUUAUAUACAAGGUCGUUCUAA